AUGGUGGCGCUUGCAAUCAACAUGGAAUUUGUUCCCAGUGGCGGUUUCACCCUCAGUUUUAACAUCACUAUUGGUCCGGCAAACGGUCAAGGGACGUCGACCAAUCAGGGGCGUCGAACAACCAAAGAGCGGAGAACAACGACGAAGAGGCUUCGAACAAUCAAGCACCGUCGAACAACCAAGCGCCGUCGAACAACCAAGGAGCCGAGAACAACCAAGCGCCAUCGAACAACCAAGGAGCCGAGAACAACCAAGAUCAGUAUAUCGCCAACAUUACAUGUAGCUUAG